AUGAGAACAUCCUCUCCACAAGAGAAACAGGGACCCCAAAGUCGAAAGAGAACAUAUAAUGAGUGGUUGUAUCCAGUCACCCAGGAUGAGAUCGCCCACGAACAUGGGACGGUUACUCUGAAAUGCACUGUCCAGGAGAACGACAACUCCUCGCUGCAGUGGUCUAACCCCGCUCAGCAAACCCUCUACUUCGAUGGAAAGAAAGCUCUGCGAGAUAGUCGCAUUCAAUUGGUGAAUUACACGUCCAAGGAACUGACCAUCAGCAUCAGUAACAUGACCUUGAACGAUGAAGGGAUCUACACAUGUUCUAUCUUCACCUUCCCAGUGCUCACAGCAACAGCGAGAGUGCAAGUCCUGGGUGUUCCCAAGAAGCCUGAAAUCACAGGAUAUCGAGGGGCAGUUCCGGAAGGCACCAUUAUCACCCUGACCUGUAACACCACCGGCAGUAAACCUGCUGCCACUAUCCAUUGGUUCAAAGGAACUGAGGAACUUACAGGUCAUGUGACUCACCGUGAGGAUUCAGCAGCCCGAACUUACGCUGUGAGCAGUCAGGUGAAUAUAACCGUCACGAGGGAGGACAAUGGCAUUGAUAUCGUCUGCAGUGUGGACCAUGAAACCCUGGACCCGAAUGCUUACAGGACUCCACAAAGGAUUGAAGUAUACUGUGAGUAUCGGGAAGCAGAGCUCCUGGUCACUGAAUGUACGCACAAGAUCCAAAGCCACCAUAAAGACUUCACGCACAGAAAACAGAACACAGCUCUCCUAUUUACAGAGGGGAUCCGCUCCUGA